UCUUUUGUAUUAUCCCCCGAAAAGAGAGAGAGAGAGAGAAAGUGAGGGAGAAGAGAAGAGAUUACUCUCGAUUUAGGGUUCAUCAGCAUUUGAUUCCCACUGUAGGAAGGGCCCCGUUUCGAUUGCACAAGACGGAUCAAUUCAAUGUUCAUGUAAUCCAAUUAGGUUUUGGAAUAUCCAAAAUUAGGAUUCGAAUUGAGAGAUAUGUCAGUGAAAGCAAGGAGGCUCUCCGGUAGAUUAGAGACCGUAGCAGCCAAACCAACCUACGCAUUCGACCCCGUCGACGAUGACAAGAUCAUAAAAAACCGUCUCCUCACGCGAACCACCACCACGCGAGGCGAGCCUCCACUAAAGAAGCUCCAGAAGAAGUUCACAUCCUUCGUCCUCGAAGUCGACAAGGAAGAGGACAAUUACAGCGAGUGCGGCCGCCUCGCGAAGGCCUUCCUGCAGGAGCUCGCCACAUUCGAGAUCCCGCUGCUCAAGAGCCAGGCGGUGGUGGAGGCCAACCUGAGGGAGAAGGAGAGCUUCGAGGAGGUGAAGGAGGAGACGGAGAGGCAGAUCACGCAGGCGAGAGGUGAGAUCGAGGAGCUGAAGAAGCAGCUCGAGGAGAGCAAGGUCGAGAGGCAGCAUAAGGAGGAGUGCGAGACGAUUAGGAAGCUGAUCUACGCGCAGCCGCCGAGGUCGGAGACUGAGAAGGUGAUUUGUGAGUUGAAGAGGGAGAUUGCUGAGCUUGAAGCUGAGAGCACUGCCAGCUGGAGGUUGCUUGAGCUGAGGAAGAAGCAGUUUGCUCUCUUGUUGCAUGUGGUGGAUGAGUUGCAGAACACAAUGGAAGAUGAGCAGAAGAGUCUAGUUGAUGAGAUUCGGACAGCCGUCGAAGAUCAGAGGAACAUAGCCGAGCCAAUGUCUGUCGAUUAACUCUUGGAUAUUUUGUAAGAAGUCUGCUCUUUGUCAGAUGUAGUGUUUGGUGCGGUUUCUAUUUUUGUUGUCGAGAAUUUUUCUUUAAAGUGUGACUGCACGUUUCAUCUUUUCUGCAAAAUCAUUAUCCACAAGUAAAACUUUAGUGUUAAAUUUUGGAAAAAGAUUAAUUAUUAAUAAGAAAGAAUAAUGCGACGACUA